AUGGUGCAAACAACAAACCGACAUACUGCCGCGAAUUUGAAGGAGGAAAUUUUAAAAUGUCUUGAAGAAUAUAAUAUUCGUAUAAACCAAAUUUAUUCAUAUACCACCGACAAUGCAGCCAGUGUAUUAAAGCUGUCGAGAUUAUUGCAAGGAGUGCAUCACGAUAUUAUAGACAAUGAGAUGGUCGACAUUGACGUUGCCGAGUGCAAUCUGGUUGAAUCGAAUGUCGCGUCGGUUUUUUCCGUUGUGCGUUGCGUAGCACAUGCAAUUCAAUUAGCGGCUGAUGAUGUAAUAAAAACACUCGAAAACGACAUUGAAGAAUGUAGAAUAAUAGCUAAGAAAGUUCGAACCUUAGUGACAUCGGAAAACGAUGAAAUCAGGUUACCAUGCUUAGAUGUCAUAACAAGAUGGAAUUCAACUUACAAUAUGAUAUGCGAAAUUCUUUCGCUUAAAGAAUUCAUUGAAAACUUGGACAAUUAUAACAGCUUUGACAUAAAUUGGAUAUUCAUCCAAAAUUUUGUAAUGGCAUUUGCGCCAUUGGCAAAAUGCACUUUAAAACUUCAAAAGGAACAAUAUAUAUUGGGAGACUUUCUUCGCGAUUGGCUAGCAUGCGAGUUGGAAUUGGAAGAAUUAGCUUCUCUAAACCAAUACGCAUUAGCUCUCCUAAAUGCGAUGAGGAACAUAAAAGAUAUACUUUUGAAGCAUGAUGCCUUUGCAGCCGCAAUAUAUCUUGAUCCGCGCUAUAAUAUCAAUGGUACACCUUUUCUUACUGAAGAUUGUAAGAAACGCGCAAUGGAUCAUUUGCUUAAAGUAUAUGAAAUGGUGAAGCAUUUGGAGAGUGAUUCGUAUGAGCAGGAAUUUAUUAAAUGUUCCAAUUCAUCAAGUUCCAGUUCCCAAGACGACAUUCCCACUUCGUCAGCGAGUGCUUACGAUAAGCUGGAUCUUCACGUCCAAAAUUUAAUGAACACACAAAAGUUAUCAUCUCAAGGCCUGGCAGCGAGCACUAAACUGAAACUAAUGAGACGUUGUGAAGGAGAAAGAUUGUCCUUUGGUACCAAUAUACUUGAGUACACCGCUGCGGAAGAGAUAUUUUUUGAGUUAUGUCUGCGAAAUGUCACUGCUUCAUCAGUCGCAACUCUUGGGUAA